AUGCCUUUGGAAUGCAACUCGAAGGUUGCAGAUUUACUCUCUGAGAUGGCGAAAAUCAACCAGGACGCGCUGAGAGAAGUGUACAAAGCAAAGCAAUACGCCGCCGCGGCGAGUGCGUUGCGUUCUUUGAAUUUCGAAGUGCAAUCAAUCGAUCAAGUUGACGUGAUUCCGAUGUUGAAAAAACGGGACGGCAAGAUACGCAAGUACGUGCAAGAGAUAUUGACCACUGGUAAGCUGACGGCGCUGCAAAGUUUACGUCAGAGGCCAGAUGUGAAAUCGUGCGUAGAACUCUCCGGGAUCCACGGCGUCGGCCCUGUCACCGCUCGAAAGCUCUUCGACAAAGGGUACAAAUCCCUCGCAGACUUGCGUGCGCCGGGCGUACCGCGUGACACUCUCACGCCGACGCAGUGGAUCGGUCUGAAGUAUUACGAAGAAUUCAAGCAACGUAUACCACGCGAAGAAGUCAGUCACAUCGCUACCGCUGUUCGUGAGGCGGCGAAUACGUUCAUGAAGGAUGAAGUGCGAUGCUACUGCGUUGGCUCUUUCCGCAGAGGCAAAGCAGAUUCGGGCGACGUCGACGUUUUGGUCGAGUGUCGCGACGUCUCUCUCGCCAACGACCUAUUGAUGCACAUACUGAACGACUUGCGCGCGGGUAGCCCAAGCCCACGAAGUGGAAUCUUGACGGAUGACUUGCAAGUCGGCGACGUGCAGUACAUGGGAGUCGCCGCUCUUCAGCAGCCCCUACGCGCGGAUGACCAGGCACCGCCCGUGCAUCGCAGAAUCGACAUCAAAGUCUACGAAACCGACGCAUUUCCCACGGCAUUGCUCUACUUCACCGGUAGCGACAAGUUUAAUCGAAGCAUGCGAUUGUGGGCUAAGCGCAAAGGUUAUGCCUUGCAAGACAAAGGCUUGUUCCGCGACCGGUCCGAAGCCGCGGCUUCGCGCGUUCGCGUUCGCGACGAAAAAGACAUCUUCGACGCAUUACAAUUGGAUUACGUCGCCCCGAAAGAUAGAAAUGUUUAG